GGGCAACAAAACACACCGUCAUUGACUUAGUCAUGGCUUCCAUCUUUUCCACCAUUAUCAUGUUUGGAUAGGUAGAGGUAUCCAUCAUGGAUGGAGCUCCACAAGAAUACAUGGUAAUGUUGGCCUAUAAAGGUUCUUUCGUACCUCACUCUGAGUUGGGGAAAAACUGAACCAAAGGGAGACAAGACCUACCUGAUCUUCAUGACACCCCGCGUGCUUACCUCUUUGUGCUCUAGGCAGGUUAUCGAAAAAGAACCUCCAAAGCAGCAGCCAGUGUUACCUACUACACUCUCACAAUUAUCUGUCGUGCUGUGUUGAUUCUCAACUCAAGCUCAAGCACAUCAAUGGAGAUGUUCUCAACCUCACCCCCCCAACAACCACCACCACCACCGCCCCCAAACCCCCUCGGCUUCCACCUCCUCAUCUCCCCCAUCCUCAACGCCUACCCAAACCAACGUCUUCCUCCCUUAGUCCUCCAAUUUCCCCACGGAACCACGGCCGCCGAAACAACGGAUUGCAUCAUCAACGCCGUCUGUACCAACCUGCAUGAUUUCUCCCUUGACAAUGGGGCGGAGAGAAUGAGGCUUGUUUCGAGUAUUCACAAUUCGCCGCCGCCGGGGACGGUAGGGGCGUCUGUGGAAAGGGUAGCAGGGGCGGUAGCAGGGGCAACAGGGGCAACAGGGGCAGUAGCAGGGGCAGCAAGCGGAGGGGAUGGGGAUAGAGGGGACAGAGGGGCCGGGGGCAGUAAAAAGUACGCCGUUUUGUCAGGCUUGCAGUUCCCUCAGGUGGGGGACUGGUUGAUCAAGCUUGUGGUUUGGAGACAAGGGGUGAAGGUGGCGGAGGUGGAGGCGGGGUUGGUGACGGUUUUGGUGAGGGAGGUUUGGGAGGGGUUGCCUGAGAUGGUUAGGACAUUGGUGAUGGUGCCUUUCAACUCGCAUACCUCUUCCAACAAUAUGGACCUCAAUAUCGACAAUUCAAUGGACCAGUCUCGGUCACCUAAUGGAGAGGACUCGACAAUGAUGCCUUUUACUUCCCAUACCUUUUCGAACGAGAUGGACUUCUCUGUUGACAAUGGAAUGAGCCAGUCUCAGUCACCCAGGGAAGAGGACAUGUACUGGAUAAAUGGAUUGAAUUUAAUGGUUGAAGGGUCGAUUCGGCCGCCUACUACGUCCAACGAGCAUCUUCAGACUCAGACGAAAAUCGAGCCACAGAGAACGCAGCAAGAACCUCAAGAGCAGGGGCAAUUUAUGUCAUCCACCGAGUUUGAUCGAGUACUUGCCGAGAAUAACACAGCAGUUAUUGAGAAUCACCAAGUUCGAACCGAUAGAAAGUGGACGGCUGAGGGAUUGGGAACAAAAUUGAAUCAAGCCGAAUGGCAGGAACUAAAGGCACACAACUUAGUUCUUCACAAAGCGGUGGGAGAUAUUCGUCUAGACUCCAUCUCUCACUACCAAUCUCUACUCAAACAGCUACAAGACAACAGAAGCGCCAUCGAAGUCCUAACAAAACGGAUGGACGAGUCUCUCAAUCGAGAAACAUUGUCUGCUGCUGUACAACCCCGCCCAGAUCAGCAAAACACCCAACAUACAUUGUCUCCUGACACACCAUCACACCCCGCUCUGCAUGAGAUCCAACCUUUGCAAGAAAAUGAACAACAAAGGGUACAAGGAUCCGCUCACAGAGUGACAGCAGAGGCUGAACUGGCGGAGGAGAAAGAACUCCGCCGACAGCUGGAACUCCACACCAAGUCCAAGGAGCGCAAGUCCAGCACCUCCAAGCCCAGCAACUUCAAGCUCGGAAAUCUCAAGCUCAGCAACUUCAAGCCCAUCAACCCCAAGUCCAGCAACUCCAAGCUCAGCAAUUUCAAUCCCCUCAACCCCAAGUUCAGCAACUUCAAGCUCAGCAACUCCAAGCCUAUCAACCCCAAGUCCAGAAAUUUGGAGGUUAGCAACCCCUACUGGGGCGGCAACUUGAGCAACACCAUUCGCCGCGACCUCAAUCGCAACCGCCGAUCAAUUCACACCAGCCGAUGGUCUUACAAAAUGGACCAAACGGAGAAGUGA